AUGAGGAAGAGAUCAAGGAUGUUGGGCGUGUAUCCAAGACGCUCCAGCGGCAGCCGUUGUCGUCUCCUCCUCUUCCACCUCAUACUCCAGAAAUAUGAAAAGCGCGUGAUGGUCCAGACUCCAGAGACACUGCAUGUUCCCCGCUGUGGGGAGUCACCUUGUCGUGGUGGCGGGGCUUUUACCGUGGUCGGCAGUACCACCUUUUCUGAUGGCUCUACCUUUAAUACACCAUGCACCAGGGUCAAGAGUCUUUGUUAUGAAAAUUACAAAUAUAAUGGUUUGCUCAUAAGUUAUUUUCCUUUCAGGAAAAUUAGCAAUUGCUUUCAUUUCCACUAUCACCGUCUUCAUCACUACCACUAUCUCCAUCACCACCACCAUCACCAUCACCAUCACCAUCACCACCACCACAUCGCCUCCCCCUCCUUCUACUACUACUACUACUACUACUACUACUACUACUACUACUACUACUACUACUACUACUAUAAAAUAAUCAUUCUCCUAUUAUUAUUCCUACAACUGCUAUUACUACUACUACUGUUAUUGCUGAUUCUCCUAUUACUACACCUCCUACUUCUCUCACUACUACUCCUAUUCCUACUAUUCCUACUUCUACUACUACAACUACUACUUUUUUCCGUAGAUUGCCUUUGUGGCGUUGAGAAUGGAGUUCGUAUCGUUGGGGGUUCUGAGGUGUCUCCCCAAAAUAAAUACCCGUGGAUGGUAGGUCUGAAAAUUACUGGUGAUACAGUUUACGGAUGUGGAGGAAGCAUUAUAACUGACCGACACGUCCUCACCGCCGCCCACUGCUUUUUCUAUCCAGAUACCAAACUCCUGAUUCCCGCUAGAUUAUUUUUGGUGGGCAUCGCAGAUCACAACCAGUUAUCUACGGAUGACGAUGUGGAUGGUGCUACCCGUCUCGUUGCAAUUCAAAAAUAUGAAGUUUUCAGUAGUUAUGAUCCAUAUGGCUAUGAUUUUGAUAUAGCAAUAAUUACACUCAAGGAUGCAUUGAAUUUUAAAUUGCAACAAAUAGGCCCCAUUUGUCUCCCUAGUAACAACAAGAGCACAUACGCAGGAGUUAAAAACGCUACUGCUGUUGGCUGGGGCCUUACAAUGGAAUCUGGAACUGAGCUGUCAGAUGUUCUGAUGGAAGUUCAGGUUCCCAUCAUCGACCAGGCUUCGUGUGCAAGUAAUGUCGAUGGUUUGACAGACAAUAUGAUUUGUGCUGGUUUCAAUAAAGGAGGGAAAGACUCCUGUGUAGGUGACUCUGGAGGACCCUUGUCCGUAGUGGAGGAUGGGCGUCACAUCCUGGUCGGUGCAACUUCCUUCGGUGAAGGAUGUGCUCGGCCCCUUAAUCCUGGAGUGUAUACUAGAGUUAGCCAAUUUCUCUCCUGGAUAAGUGAGCAUACACAGACUGGUAAUUAUUGUCCCUAAUCAUUUUCAUUUUAAAGUACUCCGAAUGAUACUAUAUUUAAUGCCAUGCAGCUCUAUUGUUCAUAUUCCUCUUACAUGGGAAUGUCAUUGAAUAUUAGAAUGCCUGUCUCGUGUGUACGUUUCUUUGCUUGAAGUAGACGAAAAAUAAAACUAUUUUCUUGUAAAACCUAUUAAUUGCUGGUAAAAUUAAAGUGUUGUUUGCUUUGAUAUAUUCAUUGGUUAGAAUAUAAAUAGAAUUAUAAGUACGAUGGUCAUGAAUAUUUAAUGUUUAUUGUUUCUUAUGAUCAGAACAAUAUUUCAGUGUUUUUUAUUAACUUUUUUAUGAGUGUCAGCCUCUCGUUGAUAAUAAUAUAUUGUACUGUGAUUCUGUAUGCAGUGUGAAAGUAAUUAUUGUAUCCUGGAAGUGUGCAACAUUUUACAUAUCCAUUUUCAUUUACUUAUUUUCUUAUUUAUUUAUUUAUAUAAUCAUAUUUUUAUUUA